GACUUGCCCUUUGAACUAUGUCUAUGAACCAAUCCACCUUAGAUCUAGAUCGAUCCCUACCAACCUAUUUUUUAGUGUUGAAGCUGUGAUUGUGACUGUUCGAUCCAAUGGCUAUACAGAAGUCAGAAAUUGAAGUGUCGAUCGUGAUGCCAGUGCAUAACGGAGCCGCCUGGCUGGAUGAGGCUCUCAGCUCAGUCCUGGAGCAGACCUUCACUGGGACCAUGGAACUGUCUGUAUUCAACGAUGCCUCCACUGACUCUUCUGUGACCGUACUUGAGUCAUGGAGAGAGAGGCUUGAGAGACGCGACAUCGCCAUGGUUAUUGGUGGACAUCAUGGACAACCUGCAGGAACUGGGUUUGGUCGGAAUCAAGCUAUCAAGCAGAGCUCUGGGAGGUACCUGUGCUUCUUUGAUGCAGUGAGUGUGCCCAUGGUACCCACCUAUUGUGUGUCAUUUGUGGCUACUUCUGAGGAUGAUGUCAUGGCUACCGACAGAGUUGAGCUCCAGCUCAGAACAGCCAUAGACAAUCCUACUGACACAUUGGUUGGCAGUUGCUUUACGAGGACCCCAGCUGGCUCUACAGAGAGGUACACAAGAUGGUGCAACACACUCUCUCCCACACAGCUCCACACACAGGCUUUUACUGCGUUUGGUCCUACACUCAUACAACCAACCUGGUUCUGUAGUCGAGAACUUGUUGACAAACUGGGGCCUUUCUCGGAGCAAGGAAGGGGUACUCCAGAGGAUUUAAUAUUCUUCUAUAAGCACCUCUCUGAAGGAGGAAAGUUGUUGAAGAUUGAGCGGCCUCUUUUGGUCUAUCGUUACCAUCAAGAUUGCGAAUCAUUCAAUGUUAACAGACAGACAAUAUGGGACUUGAGGGUGGAGAUGAUUCAAGGCGCUGUCUUGACAAAGUGGCCGUCUUUCACCAUUUGGAAUGCUGGUAAGCAAGGAAGGAGGUUCUACCGCUCUCUCCGUCCUGAAAACCAGGCCAAGGUUAAUGCAUUCUGUGAUGUUGAUGAAAAGAAGAUAUCUCAAGGUGUCUACAUUUAUGAGAAAAGUGAGAGACUACCCAAACCCCGUGUGCCUAUUGUACACUUCACUGCCGCUAAACCACCCUUCAUUUUGUGUGUGAAAUGGGAUCUAACUGGUGGUGAGUUCGAGGAAAACCUGGCUUCUCUGAAACUAACAGAGGGAGAGGAUUACUAUCAUUUCAGCUAGUCUAAGAGCAUAUAUAAUUAUAUAUACGCUUCACAUGUGACAGCUGGCUUCGUUCACUACCUGGCCGGUACCGUGCAGUGACAUCAUCAAGUUUAUUGGCCAUUGUGGCUGCAUAUGCACUUUUAUAAUUGUCAUCUCAACAUGUUUUUAAAUUAAUAAUGGUGAUGUUGAAAUUGUGUUCACACGAUCAUUUAAUGUAUGAUGCCUAGUGCAUAAAAGUUUAACACAUACGAAGACGAUAAAGAGUUCUAGCAAUUGCCCAUACGUACUAGCUGUCGGUAGCAGGUUGUCUGACUGAUUCUGUAGGUGUGUAAGGAAGGUAAUAAUAACAACAGCUAGUGUGUAAUGCUGCAGUAUUUCGU